GUAAGCUGGCAUUUAGGCCUCAAACCAGCUUCCCCGCCGCCGCCGGAGGCUUCACUCCUCCAGCAUUAUCCACCGUGCUAAGUCUCUUUCUUUCUCCCCUCCCCUUCUCUCUAUCUCUGGUGCGAACACACCAGCGCCGAGAUGAAUAAUACCAGCGAAGGAAUUAAUAAAGUAGUAGUAGCUUCAGCAGCAGAGGAGGAGCAGCAGUGCAGAAUCAUAUAUAUACCAGACAAGCCUCCAGUUCCUCCUCACCUUCAACCCACUGUGAAUGUCCACGCUGCUGUUAUUGAACCGAAACAUGCCAAUACUCUAGUGAGGAAGUUGAACCAAAUUGCACCGCUGGAGAAACUUCGCCAUGUGAAGCGUGUGCGCAAGAAAUCUCAGGAUGGAGGCAAGAACGAGCUGUCUGUGAUCUUGUGCUUGGCUUCUGAAAGUGAUAGCGAGUUGGAUGGAGCUCCAAAUGAUGUGCUCGAGCUCAUUAAGCAAUACCAGUUGAGUACUUUUGUUGCCAAAGUUUGCAGAUAUGCUGCAUCAACGAAGGAAGAAUGGGAUGAGCAAUGCAAGUUCUGGCCAACAUCUUAUCAUCCACCUACCUAUAACAUAUCUGGCAUAACUGGAUUCAGCAAAGAGGAUACAAAGUCAGUUUUUGGCUUCAUGAAAUAUGCAGUUGACUUGGCAAGGUCAUGCUCUAAUCUGGUGGUCAAUGCUGCUGUUAUUGUUGAUCCUUCAACUAAACAGGUCAUUUCAAGUGCAUGCGACCAAGAUCUUUCUAGGACUGGUUGCAAAUUUAAGACCAACAUGGAAACAAAUUGCUUCAAACAUGAACCCUUUACUCCCACCAGUACAUCUGAAAGUGAAAAUCAUCAGACAUUAUUUGCAAGCCAUGUAUCCAACCUAAAAGGGUUGCAUAUCUGUGUAUCUUGUUUGCAUCCAUGGGGAUGGACUGAGCAGCAGUUACCUGAAAGUUCUAUUUCCUGGCAUCCUUUGCGCCAUGCUGCUAUGGUGGCAAUUGAACAUUCUGCUGCUAGAGAUAGGCUUCUUUAUCCUGAUAGUGGACAUAGUGGAGCUGAGAUGAUUGAAGAGGGUUAUCUGGUUCCCAGUUCAACAGGCUUGCCUUCAAAGAGACAAAAAAUUAAUUUUACUCAGGAUGGAAAUGAUGAGAAUCUUGACUGGAAAACUAAUGCUUUGCAAUCUGAUUCUGCAAAGCCUUACUUAUGCACUGGUUAUGACAUCUAUCUUGUCUGGGAGCCAUGCACUAUGUGUGCCAUGGCCCUUGUACAUCAGCGAGUUAAGCGAAUAUUUUACGCUCUUCCAAAUCCAAAUGCUGGUGCGCUGGGAAGUGUUCACAGGUUACAAGGAGAGAGGAGUUUGAAUCACCACUAUGCUGUUUUCAGGGUUUUGUUACCUGAAGAGAUGGUCAAAGAUGAAACUUUAGUCUCCAUUAUUUCUAACAAUUAUCAAAUUAAAACAUAGGAAAAAGAAUACUCAUCGACACCGGGCAUUGACUGUAGAAUCCACCAUAUGCAAUAAAACUAAUAACAUAUCAGCACUCCUCAACUGACUUUUGAAAUUUGUUUUUAAGAUCUUUGGUGGACGGAGAUUUAACUGGACCUUAGUGAGUAUGUAUGCCAAAGCAGUUGGAAAUCGUGAACCGAAUGAGAGGAAAGGUGAUUUACUUGUUAUGGAGAUGAUUGGAUCCCAAACAAGAAGAUUUUGGAACAAAUAAGCUUUCUGAAGUCCCCAGAAAAUUGAAGCAAGUCUUUUAUCAGUAGCAGGAGUUCCUUUCUUUUGGAUGCAGGCAUUUUGUCUUCUUCAAUGUUGUAAAACUAACAAUUCUUUUGACAGUGGAAAGAAAGAUAAAAUACAUGAGAGCUAUGGUCCUGCUGAAUUUUUU